GCGGCCCCUCAGCGGCCGGAAGCGGUGCCGGCGGCACAAGAUGGCGGCGCAGCGGAGGGGCCGGGCGGGCGGUGUCGCCGCAGAGCGGCCGCAGGGGCGCUCGGACUCGGAGCUGCUGCUGCACCCGGAGCUGCUCUCGGAGGAGUUCCUGCUGCUCACCCUCGAGCAGAAGAACAUCCUAGUCACGAAUGAUGUAAAGAUGGACAAAGACGGCCUCACUGAUCUCUACAUUCAACAUGCCAUUCCAUUGCCUCAACGUGACUUACCAAAAAGUCGAUGGGGGAAAAUGAUGGAAAAGAAAAGACAGCAAAAUGAACUGAAAAGUGAAAAUAAAAGUGCUACAGUGGUGGAAGGAUUGAGGAAACGGCCAUUAAUUGUAUUUGAUGGCAGUUCAACAAGCACAAGCAUAAAAGUGAAGAAGACAGAGAACGGAGCUACUGAUCGCCUAAAACCUCCCCCAGCUGGAAGCACCACCAAUACUGUUAGGAGAUUAUCAGCUUCUUCAAAUGCCUCAACAUACAUUUCAGCCUCCAGUUUAUCAGAGGACGCUAAGCUGGAAGGGAGGAAUAGUGAGGCUAAGCAGAACAAUAUUUCAAAGACUAAUAGCAAUGUAUUGGCUAGUCUGAAGGCGUACCCUUUGACUCCAGUAGCAGGAACUACUGUUGUGAAGUUAAAGAGAUCUGUUCCAAAAGAAGACUCUGAUUUGCCGAAUGACCUAAAGCCUACGGAAGCAAAAAAGAAAAUCCAGCAUGUUACAUGGCCAUGAAGUAGCUAGUGGUGCUCAAAACAUAAAUGUUACUUCCAUGUUUUCAAACAGAUAAGUCAUAUUUGAACUGUUUAGGUACUCUUCUUUUUCAACCUUACAGGGAUUCAGAUUGCUGUGAAGUUUUAACAAGUUUAAGGGUUCCCUGUUGUAAAUCCGGAGUCGUUAUCACCAGUCACCUUAAGAGUGUCUACUAUUCUACACCAAGCAGUUUACUCCCUCUUUAAAAGGUGGUAAUAUUACAUUACACUAAACCCUCCACUUUUAGUUUUCAAGAUUAUUAUAGUUCAUCUCCUGUGUGUCCUUACAAAUCACAUGCAUAAGUAUUCUUGAUUUGUUUUCAGUAAGAUUCAGUUCUGUUCCACUUCUGGUUAAAUAGUUAAAAAAUUUAAUUGAUAUUCAGAGUGAUCCCAGGAGCCUUCUUUGCUUCAAAAAGAUAACUAAUUUAGAUGAGAAAACUGACGGUUCUGCUGAUAAGCUAUUCUGACACACUUUUUUUUCCUUUUUGUUGCACAGAACGUGAGUGUAGAAUUUACAGGGCAGGUUAAGUUGGUAAUAAGAGAUGAACUAUUUAACAGCAUUACUUCAAAUUGAAGUUUCUCUUAUUGACUUAUGAAAUAAGAAAUGCACAGACGGAAGUAUGUUAUUAGGCUGUCUGAUACGAAUCUUUGAGAGGAAGUAGUGAAUGGAUUAGUGCCAUGUUCUCUAAUACACGCAGACAUUUUAUACACAUGUAAGUGUAAAAAUGUGCUGAUACAGCAAAUUUGCUUGUUUUCCUGGUUAUAAUCAUGCUAGUAAAAUAUGGGGAAAACCUGUGGAAUGCAGGCCAGUGCUUUCUCAACUUACAGUUGGAGAGGGAAAGGGUCAGGAAGACAAAAUACCACCUUGAGAGCAUUAGUGUAUGUAGUUGCACUCUUAAAAAAUACAUAUUUUAUUCUCUUCCCUUAUGAUCAUUUAAGGUGGAUGUUGGUUUUCUGUGAAACUUGACGUUUCAUUUGGUUUAUUGGUAGUGCCUUAUAAGGCAGGCAUCCAGUUAAGUUGAUGGCAACUUUUUUAUUAAAUCUCAGUGGCUCAGGAUGAAGCCUGACCCAUUUUUAGAUAUGGAUGGUAUCAACAAUAAUAAUUCCAGACUUAGUAAAACAAAAACAAAAAAAUCUACUUCUGAAUCCACUUAGUUAACUGACUAAAAGAAGCUGUCAGUAGUGAUCUGAAGGCUUGUUUACAUUUUUUUAAAUUGGUUAGUAUUGAAACCAAAAAAUGUAGCUUAAUUCAUUACUGACAGUUGUCCAUUUACUGUUGUGACAUAAAAGGCACUUCUUGAAUGCUGUAAAAUGGUAAGAAUGUGUGUUUUGAAAUAUUGUGUGCUAUUUCCCUUUUACUAAACACUUGUGCAGGUUUUUGUACUUGAGUACAGCAAACUUUAACGUAAUGUACAUUUUGUAUGUAAAGAGUUGUCUUUUAAGUAGCCUUAUCCUAUUUAAAUAAAUUCAAUUAAAAGCAAACCAAGUAGUUCCGCCUUGUUUUUAUGAUGUAAUUAGACCAGUCCAUUUUAUGCAGUUAUAUUUCAGUGGAAUUCAAGUGAUUAGAACUUAAAAAAUACUUACAGGGUAGAAGGCUCUGUGGCUACUUCGGAGUUUUAGCAGCAGUUGGUACCAUGUGAAGUGCUGCUCCUUGCACUAGUGUAACUGGUAGGAGUUCUGUUCUGUGGGUGGCUUCUUGACAGUGGUUUAGAGCCCAGGUUUUAUUUUGAUGUAGUUCCAGUUGCUGGAAGAGUGUGUGUGUGUCGGUAUUGUUAAGGAGUGCUUUGCAGAGUUGUGCUGGAAUGAUAGCCUGAUGCUGCUAUUGCAUGGUAAGUCUUGUUUUAAGGCUGAUACGCUUUCCAGCUUUGCCAUAUUUCACCUACCUUUCCCCCAAACUAAGACCAUUCUGCUUUCUAGAGUAAUCAUUUUUGCAGGGUGCAAGCCAUGCUCUUCUUACUACCCUAUGCUUCUCCUUUAGAUAGCAGCAGUACUCCUCUCAGCAAAGUACACGAGCAGAGCUGCAGUGUGCUGGGAGAUUGGCAGGUCCCCAGAGGAGGCAAAAUGAGGUGGGCGCUCUCCAGCUUUGGGAGGUGUGGAUGUAAGGGGGAUUUUUAUGGUUGUUCUUGACUGCAGCCUUCAUCACAGAAUGAAGUCACUACAGGACAGAUUUUAAUUAUCUGGUGAGAUGAGAUUAGCAGGGUGUGCACUUCAAAAAACACCAGACAGCCAAGUUCUUAAAACUAUACAAUAAACCAGGUGUGAUCCAAUGCAACUAUGUAGUUUGUUGAAGUCAUGAGAGAGGAACGACCUGUGACUACUGUGCCCUUGGU